UCUGGCUUGACUUUUGUCCGUUGAGAAAUACAAUUAUCUGUUUUCCAGUUGAAUUUUUAUUUAAGAAAUGGAAAAUAAUCCGACAUAUGUGGAACACUCCGAAAAUCCAGUGGAAACUGCAGGGACGCAGGGGGAGGAUAUUGUAGCUCAAUCGAUGAAAUUACCGCCCGAUCUGGCAACACUGUCUGCCAUUUUACAAGAUAAAGAACAGAAGACACUCAGGAAUUUCAUUGUUGACGGAAUAUUCAAACCCAACAUGGGUUUUGAACACCCAGAAUCCAAGCUUAUUCAACAAUACUCAUUUAACGGGUUAACCAACGGGCGGCCCCUGGAUUGUGGGAUUAUUGUAGUGGCUGGAGAAUCUGGAUCGGGGAAGUCCAUGACGAUCAACAAGCUCUUUGAAGAUGACAACUUGUGUGCCGUGUCUGACGAGUCAUCCCAGACGACGGAAGUCACAAAGUAUAUAAAAAAGCUGCUAGUGACGGACGUUGGUCCACCUCAAAUCUCCGCGGACUUGGUUUUUGUUGAUGUUCCUGGCUCGCUGGACAGUGACAGGACAAAUGAGACUGGAAAUUUUGCAAAAAUUCUGCAAUUCCGGAAUGGGUAUAAAUCAUUAAAAAAACGAGGGCUUCCCAUUUAUAUGAGGUCGAUAGGACUGCGGGAUGAGGUAAAUUUCAAUAAUUUCAAUAUUUUUUAA